UCAAGGUAUUCCUGUCUGUGGCCGAGUUGAAGUCACCGACUAAGCGCGCUUCCACUCGCUCCACUCGGAACGGCUCGAUUCAGUAUGCUUCGCGCUUCGGUUUGAUUCGUAUGUGGCUUUUUGUUUCAUAGUGGCAGUUGAUUGUGAUGGAAGAAUGAAAAUUGGCAUUGUUAGGUGAAGUUGGAAUAGAGUGCUAAUUUGAUACCGCAGAAGAGUUUUUUUUGUGAUAGUGGUUCCUGCAAGAGUGCUAUCGUUUGCAGUGGUAUUGAGAACGUACGAAUCAUAAGGAUUUACGACCGACUGCUGACAUCGACACUAGGACUGAGUCGUGCACAACACGCUACCCAUUAGCAGAUCGGCGGACAUCGAUUCCUAGCCGAAUUGCAUAACUUUCGCAAAAGGCCUGAAAACUCCUCAAUGAAAUCAACAUGGACCUGCAGUCGAUAGUCUUUGUCGUGGUGCACAUUCUGACAAUAACCACUUUCACACGAUGCGCUCAGAUUCCUCCCGUAAAACGAUCCGCCACGAUAUUCACCAAAGAACCCACCGUUCGGAUACAAUGUCUCUCGGGUUCGAUGCUGAUCACGAUCAAGGAUGCGCCCGCUAACCUCAACGGUCAGUUCAGCGGGAUGGUGUAUCCGAAGGGACUGGCGAAGAACUCGACCUGCCUCACCGAGUACCGGGACCAGGAGGGCCCACUGCGGUACAAGCUGCCCCUCAAGAGCUGCAACACGAUGCCCAUCGAGACGGAUGACGGCGAGAUUGAAUUCUUCAACACGAUCGUCCUACAGCCGCAUCUCAAGCUGGUGACCGAUUUGGGCCGUGGCUACCACGUGCGCUGCCGGUACAAGAGCCGCGAGGCAGCGCUAAAACCGGCGAAAGCAAGCGACGACAGUCGUCCGAUGGCUCUGACCAGUGCCGAAGGACCAGACCGUCGAGAACACGGUCGAUCGAUGGAUAAGGAUUUGUCGGUGCCCGAGGAGGAUGCCGAUAUUAAACCGAUGCCCGGGUGCCACAUGAAGAUUUUCACGGGUGAAAAGCUAGCGGAGAACGUCAAGAUAGGUGAUCCCCUCACGCUGGUCAUCAACAUAGACAAGCAGGAGCUGUACGGGCUGCACGUGACGGAUUGUUUGGUGCGCGAUGGGCUGGGUUGGGGCGAACAGAAACUGGUGAAUGACAACGGAUGCCCGUUGGACAACGAAAUCCUAGGACCGUUCCAAUACACCGAAGAUCGGACGAAGGCAACGGUUACCUUCCCAGCGCAUAAAUUCCCCUAUACAACAUCAGUUUACUAUCAGUGUAACGUUAGGUUGUGUGCUUUAGAAGAUCCUGAUUGUCACAAGUCACCCACAUGUACUGGCAGGAGUAAAGAGCGAACAAAACGAGAGACAGAUGAUGAAGGACUGCCGGCCACAAUCGAGGUCUUCUCCGGACUGUACGUCAACGAGAAUGCCGAAGUGAUUAACGACGAUGCGGAUUCGGUGAUCAGGGAGAAGACACCGGAUGACGCCAUCUGUGUGUCCCAGCGGAGCUUCGCAGUUGCCAUAGCCAUCGCCGGUCUCUGUCUGAUGCUGGCAGUGGUCCUCGCCGUGAUGUGUAUUGUCGCCAAACGAAGUGGCAAAACGGUCUCCAACUCGGGCAGCUCGAUCUAUAGUGGCCCCUAUACCAACACUGCCUUCUCACAUAGCAGCUAAACAGACCUGGGUGUAGCGUGUGUGUGUGUGUGUGUGUGUGUGUGUGUGUGAUCGAUAAUUUUGAGUGCUAGACGCGUGUGUGUGAGAAGACUGUGAUUCUCUUCCUUUUAAAUACUAACAACGAUCAUUUAUUGUGACAACCAAUUUUAACGACUGUGUAGAAAAACAAGCGCAAAUUUCAUAGGGUUAACGUGCCAACUAGUGGAAAUAGAUACUUUUUAACUAGAAUCUCACCUUAUUGGUAGAAUACGUGACAUGACAUCUUCGAGAGUAUUAUUUACUAAGAUUGGAGGAAAGCUUCAACCGGGGGUUCUGUUUUCUUCUGAAGCUCAGCUACCUUAAUGCAAUCUUUAGAUAUUAUUGGACAAUUGUUUAUUUAAGCUCUUCGACUGAUUGUCUACUGAUAUCGCAGAGGCUGUCUGAGGAAUCGAACGAAAGAAAAACAAACAAACACAUAAUUUGGAGAAAUUUAAUAGGGAUUGUAUUUCUCCACUUUAUGUCCCGCGAUUGAACAGAGCCUCUGAACACUUAUUUAUCUUACUUUUUUUUUUGCUUCCAACUGAAGGAAAACCCUUCCCAGUUCCGUACUAGAAUCUAUCAAUUGUAACUUCUGCACGAGCGCUGUCCGAACUAAGUCAGGUGUUGGGUAUCUUUGGUCUAUUCAUUCUACUUGUCCUAAAAUAAGCUGAUUUGAGUGAGGUAUAAAUAAUUUUAAUCGAUUUAAGCAACGAACAUAAUGUGAGAGAAGCGUAAAUUGUUUGAAGAUUAGGAACUGUGAUACGAUUGGACAUUUUUGCAGUAAAUUAACAUAAUCGCUACGGUUGACCAUGAAAUGAUUCGCAGCUACUAGUCUUUAGUUAGCCUGCUAAGAGAGAGAAUGAUGUCAAAAUGUGUUCUUGUAUCUCAGUUCGAAAAACGAAAACAUAAGUCGUACAUAGAGUGUAAACAGCUUUUCAACGAUACGAUAAAUCAAACGAAGAAUACUACGCACUGUAAAAGAUGUAUUGAAAAAUUUGUCUGUAAAGAAUUUCAAAACGAAGGAAUUUAAUAAAAUUUUUGAAAACUCGA